AUGUCGGACGCGCAGGAAAUGUUUCCGUCGAUCCCUCCUUCUGCGGAGAUAGCCGAGGGGGACCGAGCCGAAGACAAGGAGCACAAUCUCGAUACCAACACAGAGACCAUCCAUCCAGACGAGGACAGCCGGAACCCUAGCAUCUCUACUUCCCAAAGAUGGCGGACAGCAAGCCGGCGGAUUCGGAAUCGCGCUGGCACAAUAGCCGAGAAGCUUGGACGACCCCACGAAAGAGAUGCCGACGGCUUGGAUGCGCCGAUGUUACCAGAGUACUAUGGAGCAACAGACGAUAUCCGAGGAUUCGAGGCUCGCCGGGCAGUCGACGAAGAAGCCCGGCUCCCAGGAACAGACUAUGAUUCACAAGCUCGGCUCUUGGUGGAACGAAUGGGGUCACAGGGCGAGCCACGGCGUCCACGUAUCGAAGAACCACGUUCCGGUUCGACAACCCCAGGAACCCCAGAUGGGACGGCAACACCCGGUGGUCCACCCGGAGGACUUCUGUCACAACUGCUCCGUGUAUAUGCCAACAACCUCCAAGCUGCGAGCCGGAUGAGUGUCGUCUCCACGGCUUCAGAAACAGACCCGGACACAGAAAGCGUUCCAGCAUCCGGCACAGUGACACCGGGUGGAAAGAAAGAGAAGUUGAAAUGGUACAACAAUGGCAACCACCCCAGCAAACCAACCCACAGCUAUACUUCCUCCUUAAUCAAUGCAUCCAUGGAUCUGGGCCGGAUCGGGGUCCCCGGAGCCACGGGUCCCCCACCCGCAAAUCCAAAAGAGCGAAAGAAGCAAAAGCGCAAGAGCAAGAAAAACAUCAAGCUCACCGUCCACAUUGCCGCCAUCCUCGCGCGUCAACAGUACAUCAUGCAGCUGUGCCGCGCUCUAAUGAAAUACGGCGCCCCAACCCACCGCCUCGAAGAGUACAUGAUGAUGACCUCCAACGUCCUGGACAUCAAAGCCCAAUUCAUGUACAUCCCGGGAUGCAUGUUCAUGUCCUUCGACGACCCGCUAACCCGCACCGCCGAGGUCAAGAUUAUCCGCGUAGUCCAGGGACUGGAUCUCUCCCGUCUCGCAGAGACACACAACAUCUACAAAAACGUCGUCCACGACCUCAUCGGCGUCGAACAAGCAACCCACGACCUAGACGAGAUCAUGCAGCGCAAGCCCCGCUACAACCGCUGGCUCCUUAUCUUCCUAACCGGCUGCGCCAGCGUCGCCGUCGGCCCAUACGCCUUCAGCGCCCGUCCCAUCGACCUCCCUAUAAUCUUCAUCCUCGGCUGUCUAGUUGGCUUCAUGCAGCACGUCGUCGCGCCAAACUCCGCAACAUACUCAAACGUACUGGAAGUCACCGCCGCCGUCAUCACCUCCUUCAUCGCGCGCGCGUUCGGCAGCAUCCAGCACAACGGCGAGCGCGUCUUCUGCUUCUCGGCCAUGGCGCAGUCCUCCAUCGCAAUGAUCCUACCAGGCUUCGCCGUGCUAAGCAGUAGUCUCGAGCUGCAGUCGCACCAGAUGAACGCCGGCUCGAUCAGGCUUGUCUUCACGAUUAUCUACUCGCUCUUCCUUGGUUACGGCGUUACCGUCGGUACGACGGUCUACGGACUGAUGGACCGUAAUGCUACGAGGGAAUCGACGUGUUCAAAUCUGCCGGAGGUCUGGGGAAAUGAAUAUAUCCAGCAUUUCCCCUUCGUCGCGCUGUUCUGUCUCUUCGCUGCGCUGAUUAAUCAGUCCAAGCCGAAACAGUUGCCGGUGACUAUCUUCAUGGGUGUUUGUGGCUACGUCACGAACUACUUUAGCACGAAGAAGCUCGGCUCGAAUCAGGUUGCUAAUACUGUGGGCGCGUUCACCAUCGGCCUUCUGGCUAAUUUGUAUAGUCGGUUGUGGCAUGGCCAUGCCGCUGCGGCUAUUAUCCCUGGUAUCUUUACACUCGUUCCGUCUGGUCUUGCGUCUAGUGGGUCUAUCAUUUCAGGCUUGGAGUAUGCUGAGGCUGUGGCGUCGGGUAAUGUCUCUAGUACCAAUGCGACUUCUAAUAGCUCGCUUACCUCGCUGGGAUAUGGUAUGAUCCAGACAGCGAUUGGUAUUUCGGUUGGGCUGUUUAUCUCCGCUCUGAUUGUUUACCCGCAUGGGAAGAAGAGGAGUGGGAUCUUUAGUUUGUAG